AUGGAGGCGAUAGCCAAGCACGAAUUCAAUGCGACGGCCGACGACGAGUUGAGCUUUAGAAAAUCGCAAGUCCUAAAAAUUUUAAACAUGGAAGACGACAUGAACUGGUAUAGGGCCGAGCUGGACGGCAAAGAGGGCCUCAUACCCAGCAAUUACAUUGAAAUGAAAUCACACAGUUGGUAUUACGGCAGAAUAACGAGGGCCGAUGCCGAAAAAUUACUAGCGAAUAAACAUGAAGGAGCCUUUUUAAUCAGAAUUAGCGAAUCUAGCCCCGGGGACUUCUCCUUAUCAGUAAAGUGUUCAGAUGGUGUGCAACAUUUCAAAGUGCUCAGGGACGCGCAGGGGCAGUUUUUCCUCUGGGUUGUUAAAUUUAGCUCUCUAAACGAACUGGUAGAAUAUCACAGGACCGCCUCCGUGUCGCGUUCCCAAGACGUCAAACUCAAGGACAUGGUGGCUGAAGACUUUUUGGUGCAAGCCCUGUACGACUUCACGCCCCAGGAGGUGGGCGAGUUGGAGUUCAAGCGCGGCGACGUCAUAACCGUGACGGACCGCACCGACCAGCACUGGUGGCACGGCGAGAUCGGCCAUCGCAAAGGACUGUUCCCGGCCACCUACGUCACACCGUAUCACUCGUAA